UCUUUCCAUUGUGACCUUCGCGUCAAAAAGUCUUUUCAUGCAUGCCUCGGAAUUGUCAAGGGCUAAUGCUCUCUCACGUUAUGCAUCUCACUAUCUUCGCCUUGUGAUGACACCGUCAAGGAGGAGAGAGUAUUUUGAUGCCUGGGCUAUAACCAACGCUUCAUAUACAGCAAGGACAUUCACCAGUCAUACCAAAUCACCUGUAGAAAAGUCCAGUCCAAAGACGUUAGAUCCAGAUAAGAUCAAGGGACCCGGUGGCCUCACUAUGACCCAGAUUGGAAGAUUAGUCAAAGAAAGCCGUACUAGGGAUUUAGAAUACCAAGCAAACACAAAGGCGAAGCAGUCUUCAACAUCGAAUAUUGCAGAAAAUAAAAAGUGAGAAUAUUUGCGAUUAGUAUCAAUAAUAUAUAUAAUAAAAGAUAUAUCUGAAUACAAGAG